AUGUUGGCCCAGAAGCAAGCAGAGGAAGCCAUUGUCUCCACCUUCGAUUCGGCCGAAAACGGCGGCAAGGAGACCGCCGGAAACGCGGAGGAGCCGCCCAUUUUAAGCGUCAAAAACAUGCUCUGGCACGGUGGCUCCGCCUGGGACGCCUGGUUCAGUUGCGCUUCCAAUCAAGUUGCACAAGUGCUUCUAACACUGCCAUACUCAUUCUCGCAACUUGGAAUGUUAUCUGGGAUAAUUUUCCAAGUGUUUUAUGGGUUGGUCGGUAGCUGGACAGCUUACCUUAUAAGUGUACUGUACAUCGAAUAUCGAAUGAGAAAGGAAAAACAGGGCCAUAGCUUCAAAAAUCAUGUCAUUCAGAGGACAUGGACUUAUAUAUUUGGAGCAUGCUGUGCCACAACUGUUUUCAUUCCCUCGUUUCACAAUUACAGAAUUUGGUCAGUUUUAGGACUUGGAAUGACCACUUAUACUGCUUGGUACUUGACUAUAGCAGCACUUGUUCAUGGCCAGGCUGAGGAAGUUCAGCAUUCGGGGCCAAAGAAGCUGGUCCUUUACUUCACCGGCGCCACUAACAUACUGUACACGUUUGGCGGACAUGCUGUCACUGUAGAGAUUAUGCAUGCCAUGUGGAAACCUCAAAAGUUCAAGUACAUUUACUUGGCGGCCACAUUGUACGUUUUCACCCUAACCAUACCGUCGGCCUCCGCCGUUUAUUGGGCCUUCGGAGAUCAGCUUCUCAACCACUCCAAUGCUUUCUCUCUCCUUCCGAAGUCCAGCUGGCGAGACGCCGCCGUCAUUUUGAUGCUCAUUCAUCAGUUUAUUACAUUCGGAUUCGCAUGCACCCCACUCUACUUCGUAUGGGAGAAGGUGAUCGGGAUGCACGACACGAAGAGCAUCUGCCUGAGGGCACUUGCUCGUCUGCCUGUUGUGAUCCCAAUAUGGUUCUUGGCUAUCAUCUUCCCGUUCUUCGGCCCUAUCAACUCAGCUGUCGGGGCCCUCUUGGUGAGCUUCACCGUAUACAUCAUCCCGGCCCUGGCCCACAUGCUCACCUACAGAAAAGCCACUGCUCGCCAGAAUGCUGCUGAGAAGCCUCCACCUUUUAUGCCAAGCUGGACAGCCAUGUACGCCAUGAACACAUUCGUCGUGAUAUGGGUGUUCGUGGUGGGCUUUGGGUUCGGAGGUUGGGCCAGCGUGACCAAUUUCGUCAAACAGGUCGACACAUUUGGGCUCUUUGCAAAGUGCUAUCAGUGCAAGCCUCCAGUGCCGCCUUUAUCGUCACACCAUUGA